GGGAUGUCAGUCUCUCUGUACCGUGCCCCGUGAAUCCGGCCUGUUCUUCUAGGUUGGUUGCACAUAGGCACCACUUCCAGUUUCCAGUAGGCCUCCUGGUUUAUGGAUCUGGAUCGACGCCUUGACAUCGACGACUGUUGGUGCUGAGAACCCGUCUGAACCGGAACAAUGACUAAGAAGGAGAAGGAAGAGGUGAAGAAGAUGGAGAAAAAGAGUGUCAGUAUCGACGAGAAGGAAGAUCUGGCCAUGGAGGAGGGUCAUCGCUCUAAGAUUGAGAUGCCCAACCUACCCAAGCCCUUGACACUGGAGGAGAAAAAAUACCUCUUAGCAGUGGAGAGGGGGGACAUUAACACCACCAGGAAGAUGCUACAGAAGGCUCACCGUUACCAUGACUAUAUGAACAUGAACUGCGUGGACCCGCUUGGCCGUGGCGCUCUUCACAUGUCCAUCUCCAACGAAAACCUGGAAAUGGUAGAGCUGCUGGUGGUGAUGGGAGUGGAGACCCGGGACGCUCUGCUGCACGCCAUCGAUGCUGAGUUUGUGGAGGCUGUGGAGGUUCUGUUGGAGCACGAAGAGGUGGUCCACAAGGAAGGGGAUAAAUACUCCUGGGAGAAGGCAGACCGCAACACCUCUGCCUUCACUCCUGAGAUCACGCCCCUCAUCCUCGCUGCCCACAAGGAUAACUACGAGAUCCUGAAAAUCCUUCUGGACCGCGGCGCCACCAUCCCCAUGCCCCAUGAUAUUAGGUGUGGAUGCCCCGAGUGCCUGAAGACCUCCUCUGAGGACUCCCUGCGUCACUCCCGCUCUCGCAUUAACGCCUACCGCGCCCUGGCUUCCCCCUCCCUCAUCGCCCUCACCUCCACUGACCCCAUCCUGACCGCCUUCCAGCUCUCCCUCGAACUGAAGAACCUGGCUUACACUGAACAUGAAUUCCGUGCCGACUACCUGGAGCUGAGGACCAAGUGUAUGAAGUUCGCCGAAGAGCUGCUGGGCCACGCUAGGUCCUCCACCGAGCUGGCCGUGAUGCUGAACCACGAUCCGGAGAGCGUGGUGCCUUACGAGGACGGCGAGCACAUGAGCCUCAAACGUCUGGAACUCGCCAUCGACUGCAAGCAGAAGAGGUUUGUAGCUCACCCCAACAUCCAGCAGCUCCUCGCGGCUCUGUGGUAUGAGGGCGUUCCAGGAUUCAGGAGGAAGUCCAUCCUUGAGAAGUGCACGGAGAUUCUGAAGGUCGUUGCUCUGUUUCCGUUCUACUGCAUGUGGUAUAUGCUGAUGCCGGACAGCCCCACUGGCCGCCUCAUGCGCACACCUUUCAUGAAGUUCCUCACCCACUCCGCCUCCUAUCUCUUCUUCCUGCUUCUGCUGAUCUUGGUCUCCGUACGGUUCGAGAAUCUUGUCAUCUGGCUCUUCGGGACGGACGCGAUGCGGCGAAAUCUGGAGGAAGCAAUGCGUCGCCAACGCGGGAACCUGCCCACGCCUGUCGAGUUCGUUGUGGCUCUCUGGGUGUUCGGGUUCCUGUGGGAAGAAAUCAAGGAAAUACGGACCGAGGGUUUCAGGAAGUACAUCAAUAACAUGUGGAAUAUCCUGGACAUCAUGCGUGACUUCCUUUACAUCUUCACCAUGGUCCUCAGGCUGAUCGCGUUUAUCCAGCAGACACAGGAGAUUUCUCGUGUGCCUUCCACCGCCUUCAUCCCACGCGAGGAAUGGAACGCCUUCGAUCCUCAGCUGAUCUCCGAGGGUCUCUUCGCCGCAGCCAACAUCCUCUCGGCCCUCAAGUUGGUGCACAUCUUCAGCAUCAACCCUUACCUCGGGCCCCUCCAGAUCUCCCUCGGCCGCAUGGUUAUUGAUAUUGUCAAGUUCUUCUUCAUUUACACCCUCGUGCUCUUCGCUUUUGCUUGCGGUCUGACGCAGCUGCUGUGGUACUACAACGGCCUGGAGAAGGACAAGUGCUACUCCCUUCCUGGCGGUCUGCCCGACUGGACCAAACAAGGCGACGCUUGCAUGCGCUGGAGGCGUUUCUAUAACUUGUUCGAGGCUUCCCAGUCCCUCUUCUGGGCUGGCUUUGGCAUGGUGGGACUGGACGACUUCGAGCUGACAGGCAUCCGCGAGUACACGAGGUUCUGGUCCAUGCUCAUGUUUGGCUCCUACUCAGUGAUCAAUAUUAUCGUCCUUCUCAACCUCCUGAUCGCUAUGAUGUCCAGCUCCUACUCCUUCAUUGUGGAACACGCUGACACCGAGUGGAAGUUUGCCCGCACCAAGCUUUGGAUGUCUUACUUCGAGGAGGGCAACACUCUGCCUCCGCCCUUCAACAUGUUCCCCAACGUCAAGAGCUUCAUGAGGAUGUGCGGCAAGACGAGCAAGAAGAACGAGCUGGUCAGGAGAAUGUCUUCCAGGAGCCAGAACCGCCGCAGAAAGGCUCUGGACUUCCGCUACCUGUCUGUGAUGCGUGCACUCAUCUGGCGCUACGUGUGCGCACUCCAGCGGCGCAACGAGGAGCGCCCCGUCAACGAGGAUGAUAUCGGCGAGGUGAAGGGUGACAUCUCCUCCCUCAGAUUCGAGCUCAUUGAUCUCUUCGGCCAGAACGGAAUGGAUGUGUCUAUGUGCGCGAAGAAGAGCAGAGCCGCCCUGGGCCGCAAGAUGAGGGUGUGGGAGAGGCGUCUCAUGCGGGACUUCCACGUGUCGCCCGCCAUGGGAGCUGAGGACACCAUCAGAAGCGAGGAUGAGCCCGUGCCACAGGAAGAAUCAGCCGCUGACAAGUUCCGCCGCAUGGCAAGGCUGGCGAUGGCCAUCAAUGACGAGAAGCGCACUAAUCCUGGACAGUCACAGAUCGGUAUGGGAGACGACAAGGGACGCGAGAGCCUCAAAGUGGCCAUGGAGAAGGCUCGCCGCAAGAUGGAGGAGGGAACACCCGAUGGGUCACCAGGCUCUUCCCGCGGGUGCUCUCCCUUCCCUGAUCUGUACACAGGCCCCCAUCUGCUCGAUGCUAUCAAGAACCUGGACCUGAGCCCCAACCACUCCCCAGCAGAGACUCCGAUGCCUCCACACACUGACGGCAGGGCCAGCAAGGCCAAGGACGGCCAGGCCAAGGACCUGAACAAGCUGAUGGUGCCAGGCCGCCGCGCCUCCACCACUCUCAAGAAGGAGGGUGAAGACGCCGCUGAAGGCCAGAAGCUCUGUCUGGACGUUCCCGUCAACGUGUUCUCCAAGGACUCCAUCAAGAAACUGACCUCCACCAGCGGGAGUGAAGACAAGUCGGGAAGGAAGGCACCCGUCAUUAUGAAGACAGAAUCUGAGACCAAGAAAUCCGAGGCUCCUGUUGGGAUCAAGAAACAAGAUGUCCCACCAGUGACCAAAGUGGCCAAGGAAGAUGCCAAGGUCCACCAGAAGGAGGCUCCAGUGAUUGACAGAAGUCUCAAGACCAAGGAACAAUCCGUGCCCCGCCCCACUGCUUCUGUCCCUCAGACGGAAGCAGGAAUCCUGAAACCCAGCCAAGUGAAGGCCACUGGUUCCAUUCCUGCCGGUAACCAACAGAAACCUCAGGAGAAGCCUCAGGAGAAGUCAUCUGCUCCCGCUCCUCCCAAGAACAAGCUGAUAAAUGAUUUCCCCAUCAUCCAGACCCCGCCUCCCGUCGCCCCCACCGCCCAGCGACGUGCUCCGGAACCAGAGCGCCGCCCAGCCCCAGGUCGCGUCCAGCAGGUGAAACAGCCGGAGGAACCAAAACCGACCUUUACAGGAACAGCAGAUUUGGAAAGCAUGGACUUCGUGCGACGUCCAGCUCGUCCUCCUCCACAGCAGAACGUGACACCUCCUUCCAUCACGGUUAUUCCUUCCACCCCUAAGCCUUCAGAGAUGCCCAUGCCACCUUCUCCCACUCACGAUAAAAUUAUCAAGAAGGCCAGCGCCAACACGCCACCUGCCUCUCAGCCGAAGGAGACUCCUAAGCCAGCUGGAUCCUCAAAACAUCAGGCACCCAAGGAAAAGCCAGAGGAAUCUAAGCCAAAGCCUGCAGAACCCAAGGCCAAGCCAGAAGAAAAGCCUGUAGAACCCAAGGUCAAGCCAGAGGAACCUAAAGCAAAGCCUGCGGAACCCAAGGAGAAGCCCAAGGAGAAAGUGGCAGCACCAAAAGCGUCUGCAGAGAAGACCCAUGAGCAGAAGCCUUCCACUCCACCGGCCGCUGCCUUCCAGAGCAACGCCUCCAGCUCGGCGAACGAGCCCCUCAUCAAAGCAGAGCCCAAGAAGGCUGGAUGGCUGUAGGCGAUAGGCGUCGUGAGGAAUAGUUUUUAUCGUAGCAGCGUAGAGACGUAGGCUUUGGAAGAGUAACGCUCAUGCGGCGAGGGAUGAAGACCAAUUGAAGAGGUGGCAGCAAAGAGCGAACAACGAGGCGAACCACAUAAAAUGGUUCGGUAACGCCGCGAGAAAGGUUCGUUGUUUUGUUACGGGGAGAAAUAAGAGAAAAAGAGAGAAAAAAAAGUGUUAACCUUACGAAUAUGAAUCCAUAAUCACUUAAUGAAAUGUAACCACAUAGCAAAACAAACUACCUACACUCAGAUUUCAUCCCGUCACGGCAGUAUACAAUAUUUGGUCAUUCCUCGAAAUUAAUACUGUGUUCCUGUUGUGUCGAGAGGGAUGCCCGAGCCAUUACCACGCCGCCACCACCACCGCUGUGCACCAGCCACUCAACGCUCCACACUACGUUCACCAAGGUACAUCGCUGGCAUAAUUUUUGCAAUUACUCAGAUGUCCGUCACUAAGAGCGUCACAGCCAGCUAGGGCGGGACAAGAUCAACAGAGUACUAUGUUGACCUUACAAUGAGCGGAGCUGCAGAGACGGUCUUCAACACCACCACGUCAUCAGCAUGCGAGACACCCGCGGCACAUGUCGUGGUUUAGGCGCGAGGCGGUGUGGCGGAGGUGUCCUUGGCUACAAUGCCGUGGACUAGGCAAGUGAACAUCUAACAUGUGGAGCAAUGUCGUAAGGGCGUCGGAGAGGUAACAUCUGGAGUCCAUGAAGAUCGUCAUGUUGACAACAACAAAACAGCUCAUUUACUAAGUAACACUUACAUCUUUGUAGUGAUUUAUGUUUACCUACCUAUAUCAAAAGUCAUUUUAAACUAAUAUUUGUGGCCUUUGCUAAUAUAACCAAUUUCAGUUGCUUGUUAAUUUUGAAUUCUGAAAGUUUGUUAUGUUUAACGUGAUGAAAUUUCCUUUAGUUAAAACACGCAUAUCAAGUUGUUCUCAUUGUUUAUGUUAAAUGAUUUAGUUAUCGCGGGAGACUGGCGUGACCCGCGCCUCACUGCUCGGCACGGAGCUCACCUAAAUUCAUUACACAAACACCUGGGCAUCCGUGUGUCUAAAGUGUUCCACACACUGCCAGGCGUGCUGAUUAACCUCCACACCAGGCAUUCUUUACAUUGAAAGGGUUACGCCAUCAUUAUUGUGUGAGUAUAAAAAUUAUAUAAAAUAAUAAAACAGUUCUUAUAACAGUAACACAUUA